UGUAGCUCGGUGGAGCUGCACGUUUCGACACCUGCUACUCUAAUACAUAAACUAAAGUGAUAAUUACACACGACGAGACGGACAAAUUAUACGCUGUGUUCCGAAAAUAAACGGCACGCGUGUGUGCGCCGCAGUGAUGAUGCAUGGGUGAUGUGAAAGUGGACGGAUGGGACGAAGCAUGGGACCGCCGGACGCAUGGGACUGUAACUAAUAAAUGCACCGAGACCUUAUCAAAGGAAGCCAUUUCGACUGCACUCGUAGUUUUUAUCUAGUGACUCAUGGAUAGUGAGUGUGUCGAAAUGGACCUAAGCACGAGGCAGAGAGACCCGCAGGAUAACGCCAAGAUGAGGGUCGCCAAAUCGGUCUUCUCCAUAAGGAGUCUCGUCGAUCUGGGCGACGCAGCCGAUGCCCCCGACGACGACGCCCCAAAAGAACCUGUCGCGUCCGAUAGGAACCCCGAAGUGAUGGGAGUCUCUGAAGAGGUCACGCCGAACGCCGGAGUCGAGCCGCGACCUCCGGGCCCGGACAACAGCGACGGAAGCGACCCGGAGCCGGACGAGUUCGCCCCCAAGAGGAAGCAGAGGCGGUACAGGACCACGUUCACCAGCUACCAGCUGGAGGAGCUGGAAAAAGCCUUUUCAAGGACGCACUACCCGGACGUGUUCACCAGAGAGGAACUUGCAAUGAAGAUAGGGCUAACAGAAGCUAGAAUACAGGUCUGGUUCCAGAACAGGCGAGCCAAAUGGCGCAAGCAGGAGAAAGUGGGCCCUCAGGGGCACCCCUACAACCCGUACCUAUCCCCAGGUGGCGGAGGCCCGGCCCCCUCGGUCGUCGCCCCCUCACUCCCCAACCCCUUCAACCUGCCUUUUGGGCUCCGGAAGCCCUUCGAUUCGCUCAGCUUCCGGUACCCUCCACAUAUCCUCCCGAGUUAUCUUCCGUCGCCCCCCGGGUACCACCGCGGGGGGCCCGCCUUGCUGCCCCCGUCGGUGAGUCUCUACCCCUCUGCCAGCUCCUUCCAGACUCUCCUGGCAAAUAUCUCGGCGGCGCAAAGGCCCAAACUGCCGGCGCAGGAAUUCACCACUUCGCCACCCUUGUCGCCAGGGGGCUCGGCGGUGACUCCUCCAGAUGUGGACCGCAGGAGCUCCAGUAUUGCCUCGCUGAGGCUCAAAGCUCGAGAGCAUGAAUUGAGACUGGAAAUGUUGAGGCAAAACGGGGAUUUGAUAAGUUGAGGGAGUCAGGGGGUGCAAUAGUGAUACAAAGCCAUUUUGUUGUUUUGAGUAUUAUAAACCGGCCCACUUGAUACGUACUUUUGUAAAUAAAUUAUGAUUUUGUUGCAGAUUGUAAUAAUCGUAGAUUAAGUUUUUUUUCUAUUUUUAAGUAGAUAGUAUUUAUUGAAAUUUAAUUGUGAGAUGACGUAACGAAUCCGUCCUGAUGUAUCAUGUACGUACUUAAAAAAAUCAAUAAAAAUAUUUUCUAAGAGUUUU